UUCAGUUCAAACUAUUCUUUAAUUCUAUGAUGACUUGAUCAGUCUUUUCUUUGUUAUAGCCAUGAUGUUGCAGAGCUCUGUUCUCUCUCCCAAGACCCUUCCAAAUUUGUUUACAGAGUGAAGAGGCAUAUUCUCCUAGUUGUUCUUCCCACAAAAUCCACUCCAUAUCACAUUAGAUCACUGUAGUGGGUGUGAUCAGAUCAACUAAAACCAGCAAGCUGAUGGAACUCAAAGCUAGUGUAUUGGCUUUUUCAGUUUCAGUUCCGAAGGCUGGUUUUGUUUAGUUUUAACUGUGUGCAUUCAAGUGCUUUUUUGGGGGUUUGGUAUCUACUUGUUCAGAGUUCUGGAUGGACAUGCAUGAAAUAGAAAGGUGGUCUCUAACCUUUGUCUCAAGUUACAAUUCACAGUUUUGUAAAUGUGUUUUCCAAGUUAAAGAUUUUUGGAUUGUUAUGAACAUUCUUCAAAAUUGGGUGGAACUUGGAAGUCACAGCUGUGGAACACUUGGACCAUGAUACUAGGAUAUGAGUGCUUUGGGGAAAUGGAGGAAGGUGGAUAUAGUAGAUGAACAGUAAGAAUGAAAAUACUGAUAUUUCUGCUUACUCUUUAAAAGAUUUAGAGACAUUUAAAAAACAGGAAGCCAUAUGAGGUCAUACCUGCAGUUAUUAGAGGAGAGAAGAUGUCUACAAGUUAGUUUCUUGUACUUAAAAGAAUCUGUUUCACUAUUGGGGAACCAUUUGGGCAGUCAGUCACCUGUUGCCACCUGGCAGUAUUAGCUUGGCUAAAUUUCUUAAUGGUUCCAUAUACUUCUUGUGGCCUGUUCUUUAAGACAGCAUCUGACAUAUCUCUUGCUUAUGUUUAUACCUUACAGAAAUUAGCAGAUAUUGUAAUGCUAUGUUGUAAACCUUGUCAACCCAAGGUAGCUCAUGUUUUAGUUCCCAAAAUAUACUGUUUGGAUAGUUGGUAAUUGUUGUUGUUUUUCUGAAAAUGUAUCCAUUUCUAUAUUAACAAGAAGUCCAUAGCUGUUCACUGCUUGCCAUCAGAAUCAUCCUACAUGCUACCAAGAUGGACAGCGCUUUGCCUUUUAGAACAGGAAGUAUGUAGGUACAGCUCAACGAUAUAUUGCAUUGCAACAACUCCAAGCUCUCUGUUCAGUCCAUUUCUAAGCCUCCUGUAGGUAUCUUUGCUUUUCCUAACACUUUCUUUUCUUUGUACCUAUCAGUUCUCCAGGUUAUUGUCCUCUACCUGGUAUGUUCAGGCAGGAAUCCUCUUUUCACCUGCUUCAGCAUUUUGGCUGCUGUGAUGUUGAUGUCUCUUGAGAAAAACAUCUGCAGUGGAAAUAGGCAGAACACCUCUCCACUGCUGUUUCAAAUCUUCCAUCAGAAAUGACAAAUUUGAUUGAAGAAUUAUGAAGAAAAAGAGGAAAAAGGCAAUCCUCUAAUGUAACAGGAUGUUUAGGAAGGGAAGAAAGUAGAAAAGUCAAAUGUGUGGCUUAAGCAGCUAUGCAGUAGAAGCGACCUGGGAUGCCAUCAGGAGCUCGAAUGCCCCAUCAGGGGGCUCCCAUGGGUCCCCCAGGUCCCCCGUAUGUUGGAAGCCCCUCAGUGAGACCUGGGAUGCCCCAGACUGUGAUGGAAACAACAAGAAAACGCACUGCGCCACAGCAGGUCCAGCAACAACAGGUGCAGCAGCAAGUGCAACAGCAGCAGCAAGCUACUCAGAACCGAACUAGGAGUGCCAAGAGGAGGAAGAUGGCUGACAAAAUUCUCCCUCAGAGGAUCCGGGAGCUGGUUCCUGAGUCCCAGGCCUACAUGGAUCUGUUGGCCUUUGAACGCAAACUAGACCAGACCAUUAUGCGGAAGCGUGUGGAUAUUCAGGAAGCGCUGAAGAGGCCAAUGAAGAUCAAGUCCAGAACUUCCCUGUUCAUGUAUCCUACUGAAAACCAAAAGCGGAAACUGAGACUUUAUAUCUCCAACACAUUUAAUCCUGCAAAAUCUGACGCUGAUGACUCUGAUGGCAGCAUCGCAUCAUGGGAGCUUCGAGUGGAGGGGAAGCUCCUGGAUGAUCUCAGCAAACAGAAACGGAAGUUUUCAUCAUUUUUUAAGAGUCUAGUCAUUGAACUGGACAAAGAUCUUUAUGGACCUGACAACCACCUUGUGGAGUGGCACAGAACUCCCACAACUCAGGAAACUGAUGGCUUCCAGGUGAAAAGACCUGGUGAUGUCAGUGUGCGGUGCACAUUACUCCUCAUGUUGGAUUACCAGCCUCCACAGUUUAAACUGGACCCACGAUUAGCACGUUUGCUGGGGAUACACACACAGACCCGAUCUGCCAUCAUCCAGGCUCUCUGGCAGUACAUCAAAACAAAUAAGCUGCAAGACUCCCAUGACAAGGAAUACAUUAACUGUGACAAGUACUUCCAGCAGAUCUUUGACUGUCCACGCCUAAAGUUUUCUGAAAUUCCUCAGAGACUCACUAACCUACUGCUGCCACCAGACCCUAUAGUGAUAAACCAUAUCAUCAGUUUGAUGCCAGUGUCAGUGACAGAUGCCCAGAGUCUGGAGGAGGCUCACAAGUCAGCAGAAGAGAACCUGAAGACCAGCACAAAAGAAGUCCACCACUCCAGCCAUGUUGACCCCAAUGAUCAGAAGAAGACGGCUUGUUAUGACAUAGAUGUAGAAGUUGAAGACCCAUUAAAGGGACAGAUGAGUAGUUUUCUUCUCUCAACAGCUAAUCAACAGGAGAUUACAGCGUUGGACAACAAGAUUCAUGAGACAAUCGAAUCCAUAAAUCAGUUAAAAAUACAACGUGAUUUCAUGCUGAGUUUCUCCAAAGAUCCUAAAGGAUACAUCCAAGACCUUCUUCGAUCCCAAAGUAGGGAUCUUAAGGUGAUGACUGAUGUAGUUGGAAACCCAGAGGAAGAACGCAGAGCUGAAUUUUAUCAUGAGCCGUGGUCUCAAGAGGCUGUGAGCAGAUAUUUCUACUGCAAGAUUCAGCAGCGCCGGCAGGAACUGGAACAGUCUCUGGGAGUGCGCAACACAUAAGUAUUGCUCAAAAGAUCCCAUUUGGCAUCAUGACCACAGAACGAGUGGACUUCUCAGUGUUACUUAGCUCACUGUUACACAUGGACCUGCUUCCUGACUGGAUGGGAAUGUACCAUCAACAAACCAGUCAGAACACCAGCUUUAGAGUGACCUUUGAAAAAACUGCCCAUGGGAGGUGUCUCAGACCAUUCCAGGCCAUAGACAGCAGAAGAUUCCUGUGCUCCAUACAGGUGUCAAUGUUAAAGAAGAUUAAAGAUUCAUUCAUCAACUUGCAUCAUUGAGUUCCAGUGGAAAGUUCAGACACUACACAGCAAAUCCUUAUGGGCUAUGCAUAGAAUCAUGGGUGGGAUUGAUGGGGGAGGUUGAGUUGGGUGUUGUAGGAGACAGAUUUAGAGAAAUAAAGGUAAUUCUCAUUCUGUUACCUAAGAUUCUCAAAUAGUAACUUCUCUGGAAUAAGACAAGAUAGUCCUGAUAGCUGUGGAAUGCUUUACAUUUCUGAACAGAGUUUUCACUUCAGCUGGACGAGUGCAAGAAGCCAUCGCACCAUGUGAAAUAACAAACUAGGACAAUUUUCAAUCCUAGAAUGAAGAGCCUCUCUGGAAGGAAAAAAUAUAGUCAGGACAUUUCUUCUGCAAACGCUAAUACUCCCUCUUUCCCUUGCCCCUGCAGUGAAAGGUAGACUGAAUUAUGUAUCACUAGACAGUCUCAUGGGUAUGAUCAAUGUGAAGUACUGAGAGGAAAAAAAUUAUCUCCAGAAUGAGACCCUCUUAGACAUUCUCAGUAUCAGUGGGGUUAGAAAAGCUGAAGUUGAAGCCAGAAAAAAAGCAUUCUUAGAAAAUGCAAAUAACCUAAUGGUGCUUUGCUGAUACCUGCCUUGAACACAGUGGAUAUUAACAAUAAGUCUAUAGGUAAAAUAUGAGAUUUCUUAAACUUUUCUCUCCUUGUGUGCCAUUAGGGAUCAGGACUGAAAAAGACUUCCCUAAUUGUUAAGUUGAUUUAGAAUCCAAGAGGCUUAACUUCAUAUAACAUGGCAGUUUUCUCUUUACUUCAAGAUGUCAACAGAGUCCCUUUAUUGGUCUCACAUUUUGAUCAUAGGUAAACUGCCUCUUCCUAUUCAGUUCCCCCAUACAUGAUAUGUGCUAGUUGUAUAAGAUGCUGUUGAGUUUUGAAGCCUUAAAUAGCACAGAGGAACUAUCCCUUGGAAAUCACUUUAUUUGCAAAUAUAUGACAAAUUCAGACUAUGGGAAUUACAACAUAUUUAGUUGGAACCAGGGACAUCUUCAUUAAAUCCUUCCUCCCAUUCCACUUUUUGUAGUGCAUAGAUUGGUUUGUAAUUAAUGAUCCAGCAUGUUUUGUAGUACAAAAAGCAGCUGCCAAAGUAUAACUGUGUCCUGAUAAUGUAGCACUCAAAAUCCUUUUCUAGGCUUCUCCUCUUCAUCUCCUUUCUUUCACUUACCUGGAAAGAGAGUCAAGUUCACGUGUGUUAAGGAAGAGAGGCAGCUCUUCUCAGUAAUUAAUUUUGCUAUAGCAUUGUCCUUUUCUCUUCUGCUGUCUUUGCUGAUUUCUUUCAUAUUUGAAAGAAAAGUUUCUUCUGUCUAGUCACAGAAGAGAGAGUCUUCCCUCCCACCCCUUUAUUUAAUACCUCUGCUUUCACAUUACCAAUGCCAUAGCUUUUACUCUGUCCAUUGUGUUCAGAGGUGUCUUGAAAAAUUUACAUUUGAUUGGUCAUAUGAUGGCAGUACGACCAUGCAAAACCACUGGUGUAAGAAAAAAGCACAGCUGUACCUCUUUGCCCAAGGCCUUUUCCUGGGAAUGGCUUGGUUUGGAUUUGUGUGUGUGUGUGUUAUAACCUCUUUUUACACUAAAACCUGAAAUCCUGCGGUCUUAAACUGGUAGAGACUGAGAGGUUGCCAGACAGUUAACAACUUAAAAUCUUAUGUGCUCUAGGACUCUGCUAAUUGGACUACCAGCAAAUAUUAUGAGGGAAAACAGAGGGGAUCAUCUGCUACUGUGCUUCCGUAUUUGUUAUGCUGCUGUGUCAGUUGUGUGCAUGCUGUCCAGUGUAUAAAACUUUUUUUUGUAUGUGGUAAACAGAGCAGCUACAUUCAGGGGAUGCAUUCAAAUCUCCAGGAGUAAUAAAUGCCGAGAAAAAUAAACGAGGAUAUGAGAAGGGGAUGGGGUGGGAUAGAUGCCUGCAGGAUGUCUGCCAGCAAAUUUUAUUUUUGAGAACUUUGCCAUUUGAAUGGCAAAUAUUUGUACAGAAAAAUUCCAGUCAUAUGCCACAGCUGCCAAAAUAAUGGAGCCCAAUCUGCUUUUAGAAUCUCUGUUUAAAAAUAAUUGGAUGGGUCUGUUUCCAAGCCUUUUUCAGAACAAAUUAAUGAAACUACGUGUUGCUGACCAGUGGAUUCCGAGUAGCACCACUGGAAGGUGAAGCAAUGUUAAGCACCAGUGCUAUGCUGAAGUGUGCGCACACGUGCACGUUUGUGCACAUGCAUGCUCGUGCAUGAUUUGGCCACUGUACAUAGCAAUCCAAAAUCUAAAUUAUUAUAUCUCACUGUGCAUAUUCUUCCUGCCCAUAAAAAGACUGGUCACCAAAGAAGAGUCUUAGGAAUAGCUUUUUUAAUCAAAAGGAAUAGCUUCCUUUUGAUUAAAAUGGGGUUUGAGAUUUUGAUUCUUUCACUCUGUGCUCAGAAGCAGUUUGAGCCUUUUACUGAAGAGACAGAGAGAGAAGUAUUACCUUCCAUUCCAGGAGUGUAGCCAGGCCCUUGCUCUUAGCAAAAACAGACGUUAUAUUUGAGGAGAAAAAAUGGGACAAUUCUGGGAGGAACUGGACCAAAUGCAGCUUGGGCAUGUGGAAAUGAAAGUCGGUAGUACUGAACAGGCAUGUAAUUCCAGCAGAUUUUGAAUGAUGAAUUUAUUUUAAUUUCAGGAUGGUGUUUUUUUGGGGGUGUAACAGAUGACAAGACUAUUACUUAUGGUCUUUGGUUUCUGCCACGGUACAAUACAAAUCUGUGCAUACUGCAAUAAUAUAUAUAUAUGUGCAUAGAUGUAGUUAAUUUAUAGAUGAUAAUAUAGAUGAUUGUUAGAAAAUAUAGCAUAAAACUAGGACAAGGUUAAAACAAUUCCUGGAGUACCAUUAGAAGGGAAAUAUAUCUUGGAGCUGAAGCGUUGGCAUGGCAGUUAAAGGAAAAUCAAAUGUUUGAUUGUGGAAGCAAAGUGCCAGAAUAGAGAGAAGAAUACAGCAGUCGUAAAAGGAAAGAGAAAGAUGGGAGCAGAGUGCCACUGAAGUGCCAUUAAGUCAAAGCACAGGAUAACAUGCAUAUUAAUGUUGGAACUAGCACAGUCUAUGUGAUUUUGUAUAUUUUGUGUGCAUGUGUAUAUGUAUACAUAUAGAGGGCAGGAGCAAGAGUCAGUCUCAGCUGGUAUAGAGCUCGGGAAAUGGGCAUGCAGGGUACAGCCAAAUGUUCUGCAUUUAAGUUUUGAGACACAUUGCCAAAACUUUUCCCACCAUUAUCAGUAGGGAUUCAGCUAUUUCACUUAUCAGCAUUGGCAGUUCUCGUGCACGCACGGUUUCAUCUGACAGCUUUUUUACACCACACUGUUUAGAAUUUAUUCUGAUGAAGCUGAGUGAAAUUAUUGGUGUAUAUCCUAGGGCUUCAAAUUUUGCUUAAAAUGUAGUCAGGUGGUGGUUUCUUUCUUUUUCUUUCUUUCUUUUCUUUUUCCUUUUUUUUUUUUUUUUUUUUUAACCUCUUUGUGUUGAGAUCCCUUUUAAUGGCAGUACAAAGAGAUGAGUGGGGAAAAAAAAAGGCUCCUUUCUUUCUGAAUAAGGAGGUCUCCUUUCUGUAACUGCUCUGUUGUUUAAUAGGCUGUAUCUGUUCUGCCAGAUCCUGUAUGAUAAACACCUUUUCUGAUCUCACUGAAGAAAAGUACUCCAUUAAAAAGAUACAACUGUGGGUUUGGGAGUGAGCAAAUACAUGCAUAAGGAGAGGUGGGGGAGAGACUCCCUCUACUCUGUAGUCACCGUAUCUUCACUGUUGGAUGCUGAGUGAGUCGUAGAAAAGCUUUUAACAAUAAAUACUUUGUUUCUUUGUA